UCACGCAGAGAAUCCACUCUCCCCUCUUACUGGUAACUACAUAAAAGGAUGCGCACGAUACUUUCAUUAGUUGCAUCGAACAGAGAGAGAGAGAAUGGCAGCACUUGGUGGGAAUCGUGAUGUGACAGGAAGCCAGAACAGCGUUGAGAUCGAUGCUCUAGCUCGCUUUGCUGUUGAAGAACACAACAAAAAACAGAAUGCCCUUUUGGAGUUUGAAAAGGUGGUAACUGCGAAACAGCAAGUGGUUUCUGGUACCUUGUACACCAUCACUUUGGAGGCAAAAGAUGGUGGGCAAAAGAAGGUUUAUGAAGCCAAAGUUUGGGAGAAGUCAUGGUUGAACUUCAAGGAGGUGCAAGAGUUCAAGCUUGUUGGAGAUGCACCUGCAUAGUCUAGUGCUUAAUUAGGUUGCUGAAGAGUGAAGAAUGAGACAGCCUGGUUCGAAGGGGAAAAGCCUAAGGAUAUAUCAAAGGAUCCUAUAUGUAUAAAAUAAAUGUUGCUUUUUUACCUUCGGUAUUGAUAUCUGAAGUCUAAUUUGACAUCCUAUAUAUGAAUAUAUGAUCUAUGUGUUUCUUUCUCUCCCUACCUCUCUCUCUUUUAAAGAUUCAAAUUUGGCUUUACUUUUUAGCCAUUGUAAGUGUAUUAACAUCAAUACUUAAAUCUAUAUCUAUAUCUACAUUAUAAUCUA